AUUCUCUCUGACAUCCUACGGGAUGUCUCCCUCAUCGAGUUUGACCAGUGCCUCAGUUGGGAUGAAUGGUCACUUCCAGAUCAACUUGUCUAUACAACCGUGAGGAGCUUGCUCAGACUUGCUUCUCAAUAUCCAAGACAUAGGGGAGUGGCCGUCACUUCUGUUAUAGACUUUAUAGAACAGACUGUCAAUUACCUGAAGUCCGGAAGCUCUUAUGACGUUCUCAUUCAAUAUGCGCCGUCUUUCCACGGCUUCUAUCGAGCCAUAAUCUCAACUACUUUCUCCUGGACUGUCGAAGAAUGGGCAAAGUUGUCGGAGCCGUUGAACUCUCUGCUAUCUCCCGGGGUGGUCGACCGGCUCAACCGUCUACUGGUUGACGUCCUGCAGACAGAAGAGGGCGAUCCGGAGCGAAUUCAGUAUAUCCGCACUUUCCUCUCCAGAUACAUAGCUCGGAGCCGUCCGCUGACCGGGUACUUCGUUGUCUGCUGCGUAAUGGAGGCUCAAUGGACUGUCCUAUCUCAGACCGUGACUGCAGUCGCUACUGAUUCAGACGUGAAACGGGUGCAACUUACAGAAGCUAUAGCUGCUAACCAAGCCUGGGUCGAGUUAAUGCGGCGGCCAGCCCUUGACCUCAAGAUAGACGAAGAUGUCCAGCGUUCCUUGAGCGCUACAGUAGAGAUUGUCCUGCAGUGCUUUACGGACCUUCUCGUUCAAAUCCAAGAAAUGGAGACAGAACCAUCCUCCGACUCAUACGCAUGGGAGACUUUGUCAGAGAGCCUGAAACUUGCUGCAGUGUGCUCUGUCGCACAGAGACAACUCAACCCGUCCCUGUUCGACCACUUAAAGCUUCUACUGAGCGACGAGUCUCCUGUCUUCGAUUCCCUCGUGCAAGAGGCCGCCCUCAAGGCCACUACUGUUCUUGUCAGGAAUUUCUCGGAUAUAGCGGCCGGCUUAAUCGUCCAUCUUCGCCGUUUUGUUACGUCCCCUCUUCUUAUAUUCGAGUUCGAAUUCGCGUCGGAGACUCGCGCACCCCCACCUUUGUCGGCAGCAGCGAAAUGUUUGGCGCUUUGUAUACAGUUGGCUCCUGGAGACGACCUCAUCUUGUCGAACAUGUAUUCUCUACUCAACUAUGUAGCGGCAACGAGCAAGGAAAUCAAUGAGAGCUCCAGCGCAUCUCAGAUUGUUGGUAUAUCUAGCUAUGUGAAGACGGACCAGGCAACUCUACAUUCCAUCCAGAAUGGUCUGCGCGGAUUCACGGAAGACGAGAAGAGACUUAUUGGUAUCAGCACGAUCUCAGUAGUGGCGAGGCUCGCUCUUGAAUUUCAGAUGGAUGAAGUCACCCGCUUGACCAUCUCAAUGCUUUUGCAACGGUUCCGUUCAGCAGAGCCCACGGUAGAGGCAGCUAUCGCGUACAACCUGGUUGAAUUAGCCUUAGCUGCCCCUGAAAGCGCUUUCGUGGACAUCAUUCGUGCUUUCUCAGCUAUCAAUCGUUCCGCAAACCCCGACGAUCCGAGAUUCUCCAAUAACAUGGUUCUGGCUGCGCAAACUCGAUUAUCGCAAGGCCUGAAACAGCGACCAGAGUUGCAGGAAGAUUACCUCGUGGAAUUAUUGACUUUAUUCGCUGACAAAGGAGUUUCAAUUCAAAAUGUUAGCAACUCCAAUCCUGACAUAAAGGUUGACAUUUUUCAUGGUCUUACGGAUGACAUGAUAGAGCAGCUUGCAUCCCUUCUGCUGCCGAUUGAUGCUCUCCUGAGCCACGCGAACCCGAAACUGCAGUCAGAUGCAUCUCCAGGAUUGGUGGCGUUGUUCCGAAAUAUGUGGUUCCUCUGCGUAUUGUUCCUAUUUACCUCCAGAGAAGAGAGGGAGCAUCCAGCCAUGGAUUGGCUCAAACCCGCUCUGACCCGCAUCGCGAUGAAAACACCCAUCUUAGUUCUAGAGGACGCGCAUGAUCUCCUGACCAGUGACAUCGAAUACAACUCCGUCAUUCGUCAGGAAUAUGCCGAAGCCGUCAUCUCCAAACAGCGAACCCUCCUGACCAGACACAUAGCCUUACGUGCAAGCGAGAUCCGGCAUCUAUCGCCAGGUCAAGUCAUAUUCUUGUUGACUAUGCAUGAUAUGGAGAGUAUGCGAUCCGCGGCCGGCCUCCCUGCCUCCCUCGUAUCUUAUUUCACCAACAGUGGGAUCAAUGGUCACCUCGCCUUGAGUGCAUGCAUGGAAUCCAUCGCAGAAAAGGUGAUGCGUGGCUGCGUCAAUGAUCUCAAUACGAGGGUGAUAGAGCAAGCGUUGCCGAACAACCUAUACGAUGAUCUACAGAACCUGCUUAUCUGCAGCACUCAUCGUGUUGCCAAAGCCCGUGAAAUUGCUAUGAAGUAUCUCAAUCGACUCAUCACAUCCUUUCCCUCCCUCAUGUGCAACCCCUCCUUUGUCUAUGCUAUUCUGGAGGUGCUGACCUUGGUGCAACGAUCUUGUGAGAAUGAGUACACUGACGAGAUCAAUCCGACCUAUGAGUUCCACUCUGAUCGCUGUGGCUUUACUCUGCAUAUCACCGAUAGAUAUCAAGUUCGGCAGGAGAUCUUUGCACAGUUACAACGAAAUAUCAAUACUUGGUUCGAGCUGGCAUUAAGUCGUGCUCCGGUGGAAUUACAGUCUACCUUACAGAAAUACCUAGCAAUCAAUCAAUCACUUUCUCCAGAUGAUUCCUUUGAACUUGGGGCAACGAUGGCAGUGAAUUACGGCAAGGCCAUUGGUCCUGCAGAACGCCGGCUAGCUUCCUUAGGGACAAUGGCUCCCGGACAGCACGAUCGAGCUAAGAUUCUGACAAGUCAACUUGCUGCUAAGGCGUACUUUGCUGGCGAGGCUGCUGGGGUCCGUCUCGCCAGCAGUAUAGGUAACACAGAGUUAGAGAACCAGAUGCCCCAGAGUGAUCUGGUGCGCGAGAAGCAAGCCCUGAAAGUCAAACUGGACAAGACAAUCAAAGACAUCCGCGAGAAGCGUAGCAAUUUGACUGUUCAGGACCUCAAGCGCUUGCUCUUCAGGUGCUCCGCUGUCAUGCUGUCUCCGCCGACGCCGGACUACGAUCUCUUGCACUAUCUGGUUGUUCUGCCCUUCGAAGUCUUCACUCCGUCGGCGAUGUCCGCCGGUGUUGAGGUAUGGACAUGGGCAAUUGCGGAGUGUCCGGGCAUCGAGACCGCCCUCUUGACUGAGUUGCAGUCCUCAUGGGGCACUACCAUCAGACAGAGUAAAGGCAUAUUCUCUGCGUCUCUUAACCAGGACAAUCCAUUCUGCCAUUCUAUUGAUUACAGCCCGACAGACCGCGACGGGAUAGACCGUGCCAUGCGGUCUGCGCGGCGGUUGCUGUCGCCUCACCUCAUCCUGCUACAUCUGUUAUUCAGCAGACUCCAGGCAGCGAGAUAUCUUAAGCCCGCUUUGAUGUUCUUGAUACAGCGACUCGUUUUGGUAUCUGCCAGAGCAUACAGGACCUUUAGCACCCAUCCCUUUGCAAGGGAGGCGCGGUUUUCCUUCCUCCUAUUCGCUUUCGAGACUAUGAAAAGCUGUCGUAUGGACGCCCAUUGCGAGAACACACUUCGGGAAAGUCUAUAUUCCGCUGCAUUCUCCUGGUUUAGCGUCCGUCCCAGAUGGUCCUACGGCGCUGAUCGAAUACAGCUCGACGCUGAGAUCAAGUUACUGUCGGAGUUCCUAUCAUACCUUCAGACUGAUUCCUUAAGAGCAGCACACGAAACUUCCAGCCUGACACCGUCAUACACUGGUCCCCGGACCUCAUACUAUGGUAUGAGACUCAAGAAUUUGAACGAGCCACUUCGGCUCCUCGUGGAGAAUGAGAUUUUCCGGCUAAUGGUUUGGGCCAAUCCAUGCAAUGAAGGCAAGCGCGGUACGGAUCAUGUCGGAUUAAUUGAACGCUCCUUGUCAGAUAGCUCGUGGGCAAAUAUCGUUAAAACAAUGUGGCAGCUGGACCCGGUGAUAGCCAUCUAUCUGACAGAGCGGUUCCGGCAUCCCGCCCUCCAAAAAGAGGUUGGCAAGUGGGUCCGUUCGAAUACGCCCGAAGUGCUGGACGUUCCGGAGGCACUGCAGUUUUUGGUCGGCGAUAAACUAGAUACUGGUGUCCGCCGUGACUUAAAGCAUCUCUUAUUGUGGGCGCCGGUUUCCCCCGUGCUAGCGAUAACGUUCUUUGGGGAACAAUUCCACAGCGAUGCUCUUAUACUUCAAUAUGCUCACCGAGUACUCGAACAACACCCUGUGGAAUUGACCUUUUUUUUCGUGCCACAGAUCGUGCAAGCUCUUCGACAUGACCAGCUUGGCUACGUUGCCCGAUUCAUCUUUGAAACUGCGAAAAUAUCUCAGUUAUUCUGCCACCAGAUCAUCUGGAAUAUGAAAGCGAACUGCUACAAGGACGACAGCGCUGAAGUAGAAGAUCCUUUGAAACCUCUGUUGGACAAUAUGACGUGCAAAGUUGUUGAAUCUUUGUCGGGGGAAGCCAAAGAUUUCUACGAGCGCGAAUUUGGAUUUUUCGCCGAGGUGACAUCCAUAUCGGGCAAACUGCGACCUUUCAUCAAGAAGACAAAGCCAGAGAAGAAGGCCAAGAUUGACGAGGAAAUGGCCAAAAUACAAGUCGAAGUCGGAGUUUACCUUCCCAGCAAUCCGGACGGCAAGGUUGUGGACAUAGACCGCAAAUCAGGACGUCCGUUGCAAAGUCAUGCUAAGGCACCCUUCAUGGCCACUUUCAAAGUCAGAAAGGAGCGAGUGGAGAUCGAAAAUGAUCCGAAUUCGCUUUUGGAUACCGAGGCCAACGGCGAAGAGAAGCGAAGCGAAUACGACGUUUGGCUUCAGGCUAUCUUCAAAGUUGGUGACGACUGCCGGCAAGACGUACUUGCAUUACAGGUCAUCGCCAUGUUCAAGAACAUAUUCACCAGCGUCGGCCUGACUUUGUACCUGUACCCAUACAGGGUGACUGCCACUGCCCCAGGAUGUGGUGUGAUCGAUGUCGUACCAAACGCUACCUCUCGAGAUGAGAUGGGCCGCGCCAAGGUCAAUGAUCUUCUUGAUUUCUUCGUCUCCAAAUAUGGCGGCGAGGAUACUAUCGCGUUCCAGCGUGCUCGGCUCAAUUUCAUUCAGUCUAUGGCUGCAUACUCUGUCGCUUGUUAUAUUCUGCAGAUCAAAGACAGGCAUAACGGGAACAUCAUGAUUGACGGAGAAGGACACAUUGUCCACAUCGAUUUUGGCUUCUUGUUCGACAUAGGUCCUGGAGGGAUCAAAUUUGAGCCUAACUCCUUCAAACUGACGCACGAAAUGGUCGUUCUAAUGGGAGGACGAUUCUCGCAAGGAUAUGAGCUAUUCCAGCUACUUACAGUGAAGGCGUUCCUUGCCUUGCGUCCAUACACCGAUCAACUGGUCUCCACCGUCCAACUUAUGCUGGAAACUGGCUUGCCUUCCUUCAAGGGCGAGAUGACGAUCAAGCGGCUGAAAGAUCGCUUCGCGCCUGGUCUCAAUGAACGUCAGGCUGCCGAGUUCAUGAUGCGGAUCAUACGAGACGCACACGAGAACAUGAGAAGUACAGCGUACGAUGAGUUUCAGAGGCUUCAGAAUGGGAUUCCUUACAAAUGAUAUUGGAGAGAAACGUGCGACCGGCGUAUUCUGCUGUAACUGCUCGGUGCACACUUUAAUCUCAAUGUAUUGCACGCGUCCUAGCUAUCCCUUUGCAGUCUUAUCCUACCUUUCCUCCCUAUAAUGGUAUUAUCAGUACUGUCCCUAGUACCCCGGAUAACCCAACUGUGUUUUCGCGAGCUACGUGAUUGCGAGGCG